UUUUGCAGGUCUUCUCGAAAGUCAACAAACUUGAUAACUAUGUCUCUUGAGAAAGCGAGACAGGAUUCGGAGAUCAAUUACAAUGUGGAUGGUGCCGCCCUGGCAGCACUUGAAAGUCGUAAGAUAAUGAACGGGCUUGAACUACUCGAGCAGUAUAUUGCACAAACCGCGGAGCCAUUGAUGCAAGCCAACAAGAAAGCUGUCGAUGAUGACAAAUCUGCCAAUAACGCCUGGAAGUGUGUUGCAGGCGUCCUGGGAGUUUUCAUUGUUCUUCUGGUUGUGUACUGCUCACUGGCCGUGAAAACAACUGCAGUUGCUCCGUUUAUUCAUGAUGCCUCGGGAUCCUCUGAAGCUUGUGGAGCUGUAGAGCCGAUCAAUGUUUUGGAGAAAAUUGGAAUGGUCGUUGAUAUUUCCCUACCGUCAAAGGAAAGCGUCAAGAAAGAACCCGAUAGCACUGCAACACUUUUUGAUGAGUCAUAUGAUGGUUCUACUUGGUUGGAUGUGUUGAUCACAUUCCUGGAACGUCACUUUGGGCAAACUGAAACUAACAUUGCAACUGGAAACUCAGAAAUCAAAGGAGCCGAGCAACCGACUUGGUGGACUAGAGCUGUUGCAUAUCUGAAAGAACUGGGACCGGAGACUGAAACUGCAGGAAAUCUUGUUUCUACUCCUUGUUCUACUUUAGAGGAAAACAAGUCGGACACCAAUGGAGCUGGGGAAAUUGAAAGAGCUCAAGCAAGUACUGAGCCCUCUUCUUCAAAGGAAAUCACCGCCGAUUCAGCUGCCCUGAAGGAGCAGGCACUUGGCACCACUGACCCUGACUCGGCAAAACAGCUCGCACCAAACAAUGCAGUCCCUCCAACCAAAUCUUCUGCUGCUCCAGACACUGAUCCGGCAGCAAAAGCUUGAAGGCUUCUGGCUCAAUUCGAUGUUCACCAGCUUUUUUUUUUGUAAUCACAAAUCUUUUACUGUAACAGUUAAAGUAUCCUUCUACCAAUUUAAAUCCGAUUGAAAUAAAAUAAACAUUGAGCACGA